UCAAUAACCGUAAAUUAAAGAAUCCACUCGUACAACACUAGUACUAGUAUAAAAUUUAAGAAAAUUGGAAAUAAAGAACGACGUGUAUCAUUUAUUCGAAGUGAUCUGUUGUGUUGUAAUAAGUCAUUGUAUACUCAAGACAACAUUUAAAUAAGCAAGGGGAAUAGUAAAUAAAUAACUUCUAACCAUGGGUUUGACGAUAUCAAGUGUCUUUACAAAGCUUUUCGGCAAGAAACAAAUGCGUAUCCUUAUGGUUGGCCUCGACGCCGCCGGGAAGACCACUAUACUUUACAAACUAAAAUUGGGUGAAAUAGUAACAACUAUACCGACAAUUGGAUUUAAUGUAGAAACAGUGGAGUACAAAAACAUUAGCUUUACGGUGUGGGACGUCGGCGGUCAGGACAAGAUCAGGCCGCUGUGGCGUCAUUACUACCAGAACACUCAGGGUCUUAUUUUUGUAGUGGACUCUAGUGAUACCAAGAGAAUAGCUGAAGCCGAAAAUGAGCUCGCUAAUAUGUUAAAAGAAGAUGAAUUAAGAGAUGCGGUUAUCCUAGUAUUUGCUAACAAACAGGACAUGCCUAAUGCAAUGACUGCAGCUGAGUUGACCAAUGCACUAAACUUAAACAGCCUGAGAAACCGCCGUUGGUACAUUCAAGCUACCUGCGCGACGCAAGGACAGGGCCUAUAUGAGGGCCUUGACUGGCUGUCCAAUGAAUUGGCGAAAAAGUGAGAUUCAACACUCCUUGCAGUCUCCGGGAGUCAGCGAGUACAUUCCCAAAAUGGCUGAAACUUCCUGUAUUGUGAAUGUUGUUCAAUCUAUAUUGAAUUCAAAAGACUUUUAAAUUUGUAUGUAACUAAUUAUACAAUGUCGUUCUAAUAUUUUUAAGUCUAAAACUUUGAUUUGUUGGUGAAUAUUUAUGAAUAUUUUGUUAAUCAUCAUUAAAAUUUUCAUAUUAUAUCUAAACUAUCAUCUCCGUGUCAGCAAGAACUACAUACCUGUAGUUCAUAAGAACUGAAUACCCUAUUCAGUUUGAAUAGAGAUUUCAGAAGAUUAUGUAUUGUAUAUCAGACAUGGAAUAUGCAUUUAUACUUAACUAUGGGAUGCACAAGUAGAGUGUUAACAUACACAUUUUUCUUUAAUAUGAAACCAGUAUACAUAAUAAAUAGAGACAAUAACUGUUUUAGAAUGGUCUGGAAUUUAUGAUAAACUACUAUUCCUAUGGUUAAUUUGAUUAAACAUUAUUAUUUAUUGUGUGUAAGUUACUAUCAUAUAAAAUUUAUAACUGCUUUUGUACUGUGAAGUUCUGGGCAUUUCUAUUAUCCAAUGUAAUCCAAUGGCACAAUAGAUAUCCAGCUUUCAAUUCCAAUGUCCAUUGUAAUGAAAUGUAUAUAAUGUAAAUCUUUUGAUUGGCCAAAAAUCUUUCUACACUUUGAGAAAGCUGUAUCUUAAGCCCUAACAUUGGAAGUUUGCUAAUGUAUGCUAAAGAUAUUUAAAAGUUUAUAAUAAUUAUGGCAAAUAAAAUAUAGGUGUAAAUAAAA